UCCCAGCACAGCCGUAUCAGGGGCAGUCAUCACUGGCACACUGAGGUGGUCUCUGUCCUCUCACUCCCUCCUAUUCCAACAUAGUUUCUGCCUUCUGAAUCAUAACCCCAGGACUGUUUUCUAAAGAUUGCAACCACCGUAAAGCAAGAGAAAAUGAGUUGCCACAGAGGCCCCCUCGCUCCAAGGCCCAGUAAUAGACACCUAGACGCAUCCUUUUGACGGGGCCCACCAACCCAUUUGAGCAUCCCAAGACCAGUAAAAAACAAAAAGGGAAAAUGGAGAACAUAACAUGGGGAGCGAUGGAAGACAUUCAGUUGAACUGCAGCAUGUCCGGGAGGCAUAAUUUUAUCUUCACCCUCAUCCCUGUUGUCUACGGCUGUAACUUCGUCAUUGGCGUUGUGGGAAACAGCAUGGUGGUGGCAGUUAUCUACCGCUACAUGAAGUUGAAGACUGUUGCUAAUGUUUUUGUACUCAACCUGGCAAUAUCUGACCUCACUUUCCUCAUGACACUGCCUAUGUGGGCCACCUUUACUGCCACAGGCUACCACUGGCCCUUCGGAGGCUUCCUGUGUCAGGCUAGUGCUGGCUUGGUCAUAUUUAAUCUCUACACUAGUAUUUUCUUCCUCACUGCCCUCAGUAUUGACCGCUACCUCGCCAUCGUACACCCAGUGGGCUCUCGUCAACACCGUACAGUAGUCUAUGCCCGUAUUACCUGUGUGCUGAUCUGGCUCUUUGCCUUCCUGCUCAGUGUUCCCACGGCUUUGACCCGUGACAUCAUUCAGAUCUCCAACACUACGGCGUGUGGCCGGCGUCUCCCAAACGGCCCCACUGCCUCACAAGGACUCAGCCACCUCCUAUUGGCCAUCAGCCUGAUGAAGAGCCUGCUGGGCUUCCUUAUCCCCUUCAUGAUCAUCAUUACCUGCUACUGCCUGAUUGGACGAGCACUGCGUGGGGCAAGGAGCAUCCAGAGGAGCAAGCGCUCACGAGAUGACGAAGUGUUGCGGAUGCUAGCGGCGGCGGUGCUAGCUUUCUUCCUGUGCUGGGCUCCCCAUCAAGUGUUCCACUUUAUGGAUGUCCUGGCCCAGCUGAAGGUGCUGGAGAACUGCACCACACUAGACAUCAUCGACACAGCCAUGCCCUUCACCAUCUGUGUAGCCUACUUGAACAGCUGCGUCAACCCCAUCCUCUACAGCUUUGUGGGGAACAACUUCCGGAAGAGUUUGUUACGUUUGCUGCGCUGCACCGCACCCACCACCGGAGCCCACCCUAGCAUCACGUCCAAGAUGAGUGUCCUCUCUUACCAUGCUUCUGAGACACUAAACCUCACAGCCAAGACCAAUAUGGCAAAUGUGAAAUAAGAAAGUUCAGGGAGAGUGUCAGCUGUCCUUUUUCAUUCUGCUCAUCUACGUUUGUUUUCAGAGAAUCAUAGAGAGGAGACACUGUCGUUUUUAAAGCCCCAAAUGUAUGACCAAGCACUGGAAGAAACUAGCUGUACAUUUCUUGAGUUUAUGUUUUAACAGAAAGUAAUUGACGGAAAUACAUAACUUUGGCAGUCUCAGUCCAGACGUCCUACAUGACAUUAUAGUACUUGACUCAAUACAGUUCAAUGUCAUUUCUGUCUGUAUUUAUAAACAACCUGGAACUUGCAUGUAAACAACCUGGAACAUACUGCCUGGGAGAAAUAUUCAAUAUUUGAGUUAUUUUAAGGAUACUCAAAUAUUUAGAUGAUUAUUAUGGCUUAUUUUACCUACCAAACCAACUUGUUAGAGGAUACCUUGUUUGACUUGUCUUCUGUAUAAGUGUGAUGUAUGUAAAGGCACAUUUUUCUGUGUUGUGUCUGUGAAAAUAAUGCACUCCGCAUAAUCCCAAUGACAAAUGAAGUUUGAUUGUCCCAACACCAACUGUCUAUAUGUUUUGCUGCUUGUGAUAUCAUUAUUGCAUUGUGGAAAAUGUCUUUGUAAUUAAUUAGAAAAAAUGGUCAGAGUUGACCUUAAAUAAAUCGUAUUUACUAAUGAACUGAAGGGCAGUGAAUUUCAUGACAUUUAAUUAUGAUAAAAUGUAUCUAAUUACAGCUGUAAAGGUUAUUAUGAGUAAAAAGUUGAUUUGAAAGGUGUUACAAGGUAUGGGUGGAAAUGUGGCAAAAGGGCAACUUACUUUUUGACUUUUUGCUUACACAUACCCCCACAUAACUUGUGGAGCUCAGCUUUAUAGCAACAGAGUUACAUAACUAUGUAAUUCAUACAUUGUUGCAGGUAUUGAUUUUUGUUCCAUAGUAAUUAAACAAAUGGUAACAAAGUGUGAUUGAAAAUACUGCUAAUUAUAUGAGGGUGCACAUACUUUUCCCUAGUUUGAUAUAUGGAACACUGUAAAUAUUUGAACCGGCAUAAAGAUAGGUUCAAGGCCUAGACAGCAUAUAACGCAAACACAAUUUUCUGUGUCCGUUUGUCAAUAUGGUGUUUUAAAACCUAUUCCUAUUACAUGUACAGUUAAUGUUUGAAAUAAAA